CAAACAAAACACAAAACAAAACCAGGUCACAAAAAACUUAAGGUGGUUCCAAAAGGGAGGGAGGGAGCAUAAUGCAUAAUGGACCAAUGCGAGACCAAAAACCAGUUAGUGCAAACUAAAUUCUGCAUCUCCACGUCUGAUGUCAUAAUGCUCUUCAGAUCUCCAGCCCAUUCAGUUUUGCUGAACACUCUUCUUGGGUUGAUUCUACUCCCUGUUAACAGCUUUCCUUGGCAGGUAUCCUACAGUUCUGGCAUCCCCAACAUCUUGGGGUCUCCAAGGCAAUACAACCUUAACCUUCACAGUUUCACACAGUGGCCUCUCUGGGCCUGCAUUCAGGGACAUCCCUGACACAAGCCUGGCCUCAGCAGCUUUCCUUGGUUUCGGAGGGAGAUUCUGUAACCCUUUCCUUACCUGUCUUGUUCCUGGACACUUCUAACUCUAGCAUUGCAAGAUCCUGCAGGCUUGUAUUAUAUACUUCUUACCUCAGUCCUGAAAUAAACCAUUUCUCCAAGAAGUCUUGGAUCUUUGUGUAAGAGAAUGAUAUUAGCAAUUAAGAUGAAGGUUAAUCGGAUGGUUUAGUGUGUGGAAGACGUACUGCCCAAGUCUAAUGACCUGAAUUAGGUUCCUGGAAGCCAUAUGGAGAUGGAAGGAGAGAAUUGACCUCCCAAACUUGCCUUCUGACAUCUACAGAUUGAAACAUUUUCUUCUGGACAGAAAUGGAAAGCUCAUACAACUUAGAAAGUAAAGGAAACGUCCAAGUUUCAGGAAGAGUUUGCAAGCUAGAAGAUUCACAAGGAACUUCACUGGCCUACAGAAACAGUAACCAUUACUAUGAAGAGAAAAGGAAAGUGUCCUGUGGCUGAACUGAACUGUCUUCGAGGUCAUUAGAGUGCCAGGCCUGCAGCUUCUAUGAGUCGUCAUGUGCUAGGUGGUCCCCUUAAACCUUGAGGUACCUGGAGAGGAGAUCUAACCUUCACCAUGAAACUGUGGCUUUUUGCCUGCCUGGUUGCCUGUUUUAUUGGGGCCUGGAUGCCGGUUGUCCAUGCCCAAGGUGCCUUUGAAGACUGCUGCCUGGGUUACCAACACAGAAUCAAAUGGAAUGUUCUUCGGCAUGCUAGGAAUUAUCACCAGCAGGAAGUGAGUGGAAGCUGCAACCUACGUGCUGUGAGAUUCUACUUCCGCCAGAAAGUAGUGUGUGGGAAUCCAGAGGACAUGAAUGUGAAGAGGGCGAUGAGAAUCUUGACAGCUAGGAAAAGGCUAGUCCACUGGAAGAGCACCUCAGACUCUCAGACUGAAAGGAAGAAGUCAAACCAUAUGAAGUCCAAAGUGGAGAACCCCAACAGUACAAGCAUGAGGAAUGCUACCCUAGGUCAUCCCAGGAUGGUGAUGAUGCCCAGAAAGACCAACAAUUAAGUUAAUUACUCAGAGUAAGCACCAGCUGGAGGAUGGGAGGAGUCUGCUGAAGUGCUGUCUUCUAGGCACGCCAGUGCCAAUGAACUCACUGAAGCUACAGUUUCCUGUACAAGACCAGACCCACCAACGUCUCAGCAUGUAUGAGGAAGGAACUACUGCGCUAAAGGCCCUCCCACUCACCAAGGAGCUAUUGGCUAUUGAUGAUUGCUGAGGGAAGGGAGUCAUUUUUUUGUCUCUUUCUGAAAUGUGACUUGAGUAAAUUGCCCAUAGUUCAGUAUAUAAUCCCCAACCUGUGCUCAGGCAAGCAACCCUAAUUAAAUGCAAUAGCCACAUACAAAAGAAAAAGGUAUGAAUAGUUUGGUAGGAGGGGCUUGUUAGGAAGAAGACAUUAACAGGAGCGAGAGGAACGAGAGAAUAGUGAGUGUGUGAGAAUGCCUACACAUGUGAAAUGGUCAAAGAAUUAAAAAAUAAAAACUUAAAAAGCUAUUAAAAAGUAAUGACUGACA